GGUGGGAGUAUGUUCGAUUCUGUUUUGGGAUCUUACUCGGCGGGGACCAUGAGGGAUUUGCGAUUCAACACGUUCUAUCCUGUCCCUUUCAACUUUCGGAUGAAAAACCCGACGUUGCUGACACAAAUCUUAGAAGCCAGCGUGGAGCCGGCUUCCAUACGGAUGCGCACGAGCGGGGAGUUCGGAGUGGAGCUCAUGGUCCACACGUGCACCGAGCGCGGUGGCGUCGGCCAUACUGCCACCGUGGCUUUCGCCGUCUUCGCGGGGCGCAGAAAGAAGCCAGAACGCGCCGAUCCGCGUGGAUAUCCAUUGGCCACGUACGUCACAGUUGCCGCGAGACCAGGAAACCCAGGCUUGGUGGUGGACAUCACAGACAGCUACUUGUUCAUAAAGGGAACAGGAGAGGAGCCGUGGAUGCCAGCAAGCCAUGUCCCGGAACAAGGACUUUUCAGCAACGGAACAAAUGGGACAAACAGUUCUGCAAGCGGCACGAAUUCUACGUUACUCGCCGUCGGAGGUGGUGAAUCUUCUGGGGAACUCCUCAGGGAAGACCAUCUGCCACUGCCGCGGUCUGCAUCCCGUAGGAGGGCCGAAACGGCACCAUCAGUGAAUAAAUAUGGGCAUCGACAGCAGGGAUUGCCCGUGUGGAGGUCUUCGGCUUCGCUGCUGCAACAAGAGUCCGCUAAAUUCAGGCAGCGACAAAAUCUCAGUCCUCAUGUGCGCCUUCCGACUGUAACUGAGGCAGAAGGGAGCAAGAUCUUUCUCUUUCCCGGUGUUCCCUCGUCGAAUGACCCGGCUCCGGUCGUGCCAUCAGCUACUUCAUCAAGUGCGCUUUCGGAUUCUCUCUACACGCGUAACGCGGCAUCAUCGGCGGUGCCGAAGGGCCUGGCCGAGGCUCUCCCUGCGAGUGUGCUCGAUCCUGAUUUGGAAAAUGUGGGAAUUUUGGGCUACACCAAGAAGAAGCCGCGGAGCGAAUACACGUUACGACUGCAUGAACUGACGGACUGCGGCGCCGACGGGAUCCACGCGUCCGAGGAGGUGCCUCUUUUGAUAGCGCCACUUUCUGUGAGCGUCGGCUUCGAGGAAGUGAUUGAGGGCCAGAGCGGUUUGGCCUUGGCGCCAUCAGCCGCUGGGAAGACCAAAUCUGGCACCAGUGGAAACACGACGUUGCUUGUUGCAGAUACCUCGGAGGAGCUUCUGUCCGACAAAAACGGAACCGCAAUAAUCAUGUACAAAAGGCGUCGGCGACGUGAAAAAACAAGUGGCACUAGAACUAGUACAGGAGCAGGAGGGACAAGCAAUGGUACAGGCUCAGGAGCAAUAAACGCGUCGUCAACACAGAACGGCACAGCUCCAUCAAAAGCUGUGCCGACCGCGAAGGUGAAGAGUUUCGAGUUUAAGGUCAAGCCGAAGCGUUAUUCGAGGCACAUGGUAGAUUACACUCCUUUGAAUUUCAAGGAAAGCCCUUUCGUGCGAGUCGAUUUUAAGGUGCCGUUCGCCGAGGAAACCGAGUGCGUCGUAGUGAUUGCGACGCCGCUCGACCGGCCGUGGGACACCCCACGGUGGCGCCGUGUACGCCUCCGGGAAGUUUCCAGGACCGGGUUUUCUGCGACCAUCGAGCAGGGUCGCGCACUGACAUCCACAGAAGAGCUCCAGAAAAUGCAGGACUGGUGGGCGGCGGCCAAAAAUCGCGGUUGGACAUUCAACGUUGCGCCUGUUCCACCACAUAAGGAAAAAGGCCUUGUACUGAAUGUUUCGAAUACAACAAAUACAGCCGCCACGACCAAAGCGUCGGGCACGUCUAUGCUACAGAUGGAAGCAGAAAUGAUGACCCCUUGGCCCCAGCAAAUCGCUUACCUAGCUGUGCCCUGCACCACCGACGAGAUAUAUACAAAAGAUACGCCGCUCGAGAGCUAUAGAGUACAGCUCUACUUCUUAUUGACUUGGAUUUUUCUCAGUGAAAUCCUUGUCACUUCGCGAUCGCACUUUUGUAAUCCUAAGAGAAUGAAGAUUUUUCGAGGACUGACUUGUUAGAGUUCUCGAUGUCUUUGUACAUAGAAAUUCUUUGUCUCCCCAAUGAUACAUAGAAGAUUAAAGCCUGCUAGUACCACAGAAGCCGCGAGUCGCGUCUUUAUUUUGUCUCAUUUUUUUUAAAAUUACAGAAGUCGCGAGUCGCGUCUUUCGGAAACGAUGUGCGGUUUUGGGCCGGCAAAAUCAUCGCAGGGAAGGAUUGGGUUCGCGUUCCCGUAGCGAAUCUGAAGAAGCCACUCGUUUUCGCCACGGAUCUGACGGGCAUGCGGUUGCAGAAAGCCGCGCCGCGCAUGAAACGUUUGGGCAAGAAAUGGUAUAUUCGAGUCCACGAGGCCCCACUAAGCAACUGUGUUUCUCGCAAGCUGACAGAAGACAGCAACGGCGCAAUCCUGAACCAGACCAGCGCGGAAGAAGAGGCGUGGAUUGCGAGCGGGCACUACCCACAGGACACACUAGGAGUCCUUGUGGUUGAAGGAACAGUUCUGGAGUCGACGAAGUAGAUGACGGUUUGAACCGUCACGCACACACUCCCAUCACCUGCAAGCGCAAAAAAAAGCCGAAGCUGAUAUGUAUUUGUCGGUACAUAAAUAUAUUAACUACUAAGUAAGUAACGCAUUACUUGUAUGUCAAUCAGAUUGAAAUUGAAGCUUGUUAUUCUUAGUUGUUGAUAGUUGUAUCGGUUCACCUCUUGUUUCGUUGUCUACAGAUCUCAGGGAUAAGUUGCAUAAUCAGUUCAGUGGGAUGAAUUUAUUCCCACAAAUUUGUGGAUUUUUGGUUCGGGUUUACCGAACUUAUUGAAUAUAGUCACGUAAAAGUCGCCUAAACUCGAGUUCACUUUUGCGUUUUUCGUAUUUGAUUUCAACAGAUUUCGAAGAAAGCACUCACACAUGUUUCUCCUUUUUUUGCACAGUAUGAACGAUAACAGGGAGGUCACUAGAAAAUUAGAGGCGAGACAAGGAACAGGAAGCAUGCUCCCUCGAACUAAUUAUCUCGAAUAUCUGGCUCGUCUCUCUUCUAUUCAUCAAUUACGAUCACGUUGACAAUGAGAAUGAUAUUUGUUUUUGUAUGAAUAUACAAAAUCAACGGGAAUAUGGAUUGUGAACAGGUUGUAAUGGUUUUGCAGAACGUAGCAUCUUCAUCAAAGUGUAUGAUUGGGAUUGGGUGACAAAUGUGUGACAAUGAAUCCUUUGUACCUACUAUUUUAGAAACGUUACGUGUGUGAGAUUCGGAAUCUUCUAGAGAAAUUAACAAAGUCGGGUUUUGCAGAAUACGAAUCCAAGCAAGAAGAACUCGAAAAUUGUUAGGUUGUUUGGAUUUAUCUAUGCCCAAAUUCGACGACGGUACCCCAUAUGAAUUUCAAUGUGGUUUCCCCUGACCGUCACGUAAGAAGGAAUGUAAAUCAAGAAUAGACGAAGUUAGCCCCUGUAUUAAGCAUCCGCGCACUGGCACUCUCUGCAGCUGGAAUGGACAUCUGAUCUCGUAAAGACGUGUGGUUUUCCAACCUAUGAUCGAAAACUCUCAUCCCUUGGCC